CACAGUUCACCCUGUCAAAACUGAUAACUCGUCAAAACUGAUAGAAAAUCUAGAAAAUCAAUCCACAAUGUCUGUUUUUGAAUAUAAGAAAGCGAAAGAAGAUUGGGUUACCGGCCACGAUGUUAAAUUAACUAAUGAUGAUAAUGAAAAGAAAAAAAAGAGAUGGGAAAGUGAUUCGGAUGAUGAUCUAAUUGAAUUAUCUGUAAAUGAAGAAAAAUCCGAUGAUAAGGAUUUGGCAGAUGAGGAAACCUUUUUUGAGCGCAUAUAG